GGUGCCUCCUCCUCCUCCUCUGAUUUGCGCAGCCUUGCCUCAAAAACUUUCCCUUUCGAAAUUGCCGGCACAGAUUGAGACCCGGCAACCGCAGGAACAGCAGCGAGCAGCAGCAGCAGCAGCCACCUCUCGGCUCCUCUCCCCAGAAGGACCCAGGAGUCCGGCGUUUGCCGCGCGAGGAUGACCCCGCCUGGGCGCCUCCUCCUCCUCCUGGCGCUCGCCGCUGGCGCCCUCCUGUGCGCGGCGUCCGUAGCCGGCGUCUACUUCAAGGAAGGGCAGAGCUGCCACAAGCCGAUGGCCAAGAGACCUCCGGGGAUCAGAACCUACCCUCGUCCCCAUGAAAACUUGGACAUCUCAAAACUACCCAAGAGCUGGGACUGGAGAAACAUAAAUGGAGUCAACUAUGUGAGUGCCACACGCAACCAGCACAUCCCACAGUACUGUGGGUCGUGUUGGGCUCAUGGCAGCACCAGCGCCUUUGCAGAUCGCAUCAACAUAAAGAGGAAAGCUGCUUGGCCCUCUGCAUACCUGUCGGUCCAGCAUGUUCUCGACUGCGCCAAUGCUGGCAGCUGCCAUGGGGGAGACCACAGGGCAGUAUGGGAAUAUGCUAAUGAGCACGGCAUCCCAGAUGAGACCUGCAACAACUACCAAGCUAAAGAUCAACAAUGCAAGAAGUUUAACCAGUGCGGGACCUGCAUUACUUUUGGUAAAUGCCAAGCGCUACAGAAUUACACCUUGUGGAAAGUUGGAGAUUAUGGAAAUGUCAGUGGGCGAGAGAAAAUCAUGGCAGAAGUCUAUGCAAAUGGACCCGUCAGCUGUGGGAUCAUGGCCACUUCGAAGCUGGAAGCAUACACUGGAGGAAUUUAUAAAGAAUACAGCGCCCUUCCCGUAAUAAACCACAUAAUUUCUAUUGCUGGCUGGGGCAUAGAAAAUGGAACUGAAUACUGGAUCGUCCGGAACUCUUGGGGACAGCCAUGGGGUGAGAACGGCUGGCUCAGAAUUGUUACGAGUGCCUAUAAAGGAGGCAGCGGAGGGCACUAUAACCUGGCUGUGGAAGAAGACUGUGCUUAUGGAGACGCCGUACUUUCUUGAAUUCUGCAAUGGAUCACAGAGCCCUUGUUUGCACUCCUGAUUUUGAAACGAAAUGUAUAUCCCAGCAAGAUUUCCCUCCUUCUCGUGAAAGGGAAAGAGAUCACGCUGCUUGUUUGCAUAUAACUUCUCCAGCAAGGGGGGGGGGGGAGAGAAACAGCUUUUUUUCCUGCUUGGAAGCUUUCCUAAGUUAUGAUGAUGUAGGUGGAAAAGGCUUUGCGGUGUAUGUGACGUAUGGAUCCCCAUCCAGCUAAAGUGGGCUGAGUCUUUGUGUUAAGCAAAAUGCUGGACCUCCAAAAUACCCAAAAUACCUUAAUAGUGUUUCCAUGCAGCCAGUGCCUACUUUAAAUCAGAUUGCCUCUAUUUCUGGACACAGAGUUUGGGAGCUGAAAGGGAGAGCAUAGCAGGGAAGGGGGCAGAGCCUGUCAUUACUCGUUGCCUUCAAUGCAGGCUUACUGGCGCCAUUUCUUGCUGUGCAUUGCAAGAGUUGCCUCUGUUGCUCCAGCCACUUUUGACUCUGGCCCCAACCACCACUUGCCUCUGGAAGGCUGCGUUUGACCGUGUAGCCCUUGAUUUCCAGCUCCUCUCCCUGCUACUUAAUUCUGUUCCCUGGAGAACCUCAGAAUGAGGCUAAUAUCCCUGAUCCUUGCAUUCAGGCUCUGCAAGCAUGGCACCCCAUGUAGCAUUGGCAUACUGGAGAUGCACAGUCCAGGGAAAUCUAUGCAUUCAGUUUAAACGCAGCCCACUAUAUGGGUUGGUUGCUAUUGUGCAUCCAGUAUCACAUUUCAGUUCAAAGCCCCAUUAAAACGCAGCUUGAGCCUCAAUGCCCAUUGAGUCACAGCUAAGUAUUGGUGAAUAGAAGGCAUUGCUUUCCUUUUUUCGGGGGUGGAGAGAAAUCGUGCAGCAGUUGGGAGCAGACCAGUUGGAGAAUUCUAUGCAAGAUAAUAUAGGAUUUUUGGCUAUUGAACUGUUUACUGUGUGUGAGACACGUGUUUUUAAAUCUGAAAACUGCUUUUUCCACAUUCAGGGAUAAUUCCUUCAGGAAUGCUCAAUACUGGGGGGCGGGGAUUGCUCAACAACAAUCUUGUGAGGGAGACAAGGCUGAGAAAAAUGAGACCUGCCUCAAGUCGCCCAGGGAGCUUCAUGCACGAAUGGGGAUUUGAACGUGGCUUGUUCUAACACUGUCUAAUUUGGAAGGUGGCAACAUGAUGCCUCUUGCAGAGCCCACAAAAGAUCUCGGAAAAUAUUCCUUUUAAACUCCCUCGGUGAGAGCCUGCUUGCUCUUGCCGCUCAUCUCCUGUUUGCACUGGCUGAGUCUUUCCAACAUUGAGCAUGCCCCCUUAAACAUGCCCACAUUUCAUUGGGUCCUACGACUUGGCACCCACCCACCCUCCCUUCUGUCCUGAAAGGAGCAAAGGACACCCUGAGUGUGUGUGGCAAUGGCUAAUGUAGGUGCCUUUAAAAAAAAUAAAUUGAUUGGGGAGGGUGAAAGGCCUGCACCAUGGCUCCCCUAGCUCUGUUCCUGCUCUUUUCGAAGGAGCGGCCAUUUUUGUGCCAUUCCAUGCCCUGUGGACACCCACGGCACUUUAUCAAGAUUCCAGAUGUGACCCCGGGCCCAAAGAAUUUGCUUCCCCCUGUCUAACCUUUCCCUCUUCUGUGUACAAGGUGCUCUACAGCCUUUGCCUAUUCUGUGAGUUGCUGCAGCCGUGCCAUUGUAGCCAUAUGCCUCUACAAAGAAAGGUUGGUGCCAGUGCAUAAGAAGCCGGCACUCUUGUUUUAAGUGACAAACUUAGGGACAGUGUUUUUCUGCUGAAACAUCCCAGAGAUGGGAAUGGAGGGGAAAGAGCCAGAGGCCUGUGCUACUGAUAUAAAAUUAUAGUCCACGGUCUUCUUUUUUCAGUGUGCUAUUUU